UUAUGUUACUUCUACGGUUUGAUAGGGAAUAAACAUUAUAUUUCUUCAAAAAUCGAAGUUCCAAAUGGGCGACGAAACCCAAAACUAUAAAAUUGCUCCAGAAAAUGGGGACGCGGGCGUUAAUCAAGACGAACUUAUUUUAGCUCAACAACGCCAAAUUGAAAAAGAGAUUUCGGACAGCAUAGCUUUAGUAGGCGAUUUGGAACCUAUUAUGUCAUUGAAUGCCGAAUAUGCCAGUGACAAAAUUUACCUGGAGAAAGUGAAAGAUUUAGCUUCCCGAUAUCAGUACAUUAGAAGAACCCGACCAGAUGGAAAUUGCUUCUUUAGGGCUUUUAGUUUUGCCAACAUAGAAAGACUAUUAACCAAAAAGGAUGAAUUCAAUAAAUUUUAUAAAUUGGCUGAAGAUAGCAAAAAUGUUUUAGUUGCAUUAGGAUUUCAACAGUUUACAGUUGAAGACUUUUAUGAUACUUAUAUGGAAGUACUCAAACGUUUGGGUGCUAUAGAAAAUAUUGAGGAAGCAAAAAAAGAGUUACUUACCCUUUUUAAUGAACAAGGUUAUUCUGAUUACAUGGUUGUCUACCUGAGGUUGCUGUCAAGUGGUCAGUUACAAAAAGAACAAGACUUUUAUAGUUGCUUUAUUGAGGGGGAUAGAUCAGUUGCAGACUUUUGCCACCAAGAAGUGGAACCCAUGUAUAAGGAAAGUGACCAUAUUCACAUCAUGGCUGCUUGUUCAGCACUUAAUACAGGUGUUAGAGUUAUUUAUAUGGAUCGAGGGACAAGUAAUACUUGUAUACAGCAUGAUUUGCCUGAAGGCUGUGUUCCAACUGUACAUUUGCUCUACCGUCCUGGUCACUAUGACAUAUUGUACCCAUAGAUUUCAUUUUACUGUAUAUUUUAAUAUAUUUGGUAAUUUUUGAUUCCUUCAUUCAAUGUCUUGUAU